AUCGACAUACUUACACACAAAACAAAUAACAUCACAGCAGUCAGAGUAACGCACUACGUUGCGAACGAACAAACGCACGAACAGGCGUCAACAACGACGAGGAAUAACUUACAAUGUCGUCUGCCAUCCGUCGUCGUUGUCGUCGUCGUUUGUCUGCCAGCAGCGCAUGUUUUAUACGUUGAGCACGGUCGGGAUUUGAACCAAGAAAAAAAACAAAGAAAACACGGUACAUACCACAAAAAGAUAAAAGGAAUAGAAUCAGUGCGAAAACAGACGAAUAGAAGAACACAGAAAUAUGAAUUUUCGAUUUUGUUUACAAACCAAUUGGGGAUUUUGGACGGAGAUUUGUCGACACAAAAACACUGCCAUAUGCGGUGGCGGAAUGUAGAAAAGCGAUUUCUACAAAGAAAAAUUAUGAACUAAGCGGUUUUUUUUGGGCCUCCUCUCAACAAAAGUAUCAGCCACAAUAAUAACAACAAACACAAGUGAAAAAGUGUGUAUGUAAAGAAAAAAGAAAAAACAAAAAAUAUUAAAAAUAGCAAAAAAGCAUUUUAAAAAAAUUUAAUUGUACACAAGAAGAAAGUGAAGAAGAAGUGAAACAACGAGAUCAGAAUAAGAAUGAAAGUAAAAUAAAAAAAUAUGAAAAAAAAAUUUAAUUACAUUCAUGCAAAUGUAAUGACCAAGCGUUGCGGUGGUGAUUAUUUGUAGUGUGGCGCUAGAUUAUUGGUACGCCGGUCAGAUUCGAUUCGAAGUGUGUAGUGAUUCGUUUUGCAGCAACGACGACAGCAAUUGAAUAAAAACUAUUCCAGCAGCACUUCCUCCAACCUGCAAACCACCCUGCUCUCCAGCCCUUUUUCUCAUCCACACAAGGUAAUCGGCACAAGUCAGCAACAGCAAUCAGCGUUUGUGUGUGCUCGCACUACUCCUAGAAGAAGCCGCCUCUGCCGUUCUCCACCUGCGAAAAGCCCACACAUGUGUGGCCUGUUUUGUUGAUUUUGUUUUCGUUCGUUCUUUGUUGUUGCUAUUUUGUUCGCUUUGCGGGGAACGUUUUAACGGAUCGGUGAUACUGCCGUGUGUUCACACCGACGAUUUGUGUAGUCUCUCGCUCUAAUGUGUGCGGCAAGUUUGUUUUGUUCUCCAGCUUUUCGUCGUCAUCACCCCCAUCUCACCAGAAUCAUAGGUGCAGCCGCUACUGUCGACGUCGUAACCAUCACCAACAACAACAACAACCAUAACGCAGCAACAUUUUAUCGAAACUAAAAGCUUAAAUGAAUCAUCAUGCAUUUCGAUGUUUAGUCGAAUGCAAAAGAACCAAUGUUAACUUUAGGAUAUCCUUAACGCACCAAAUAAAAAAGGAACUACAAAAAAGUAUUAAGAAUUACACACACACACACAAUCUCUCUCUUUCACUCUCUCGCACACACACACAAAGAUACACUCCAGCACACACAAAGAGAAGCAUUAGAAGAGUAUCCUAAAAAAAAAAAACAACCAACAGAAAUAAAAACAACGGCUUCAAUAAAUUUUUUAAUUAAAUUUAAGGAAGCAUAGAAGCAAUAAGGCAAUUUUUAGCUUAAGACCAAAAGACUUAAACAAAUUUAGAAUGUCUUGUACAGUAUCGGAACUGCCAUCAGGAUGCCGUUUGCGCGGCAUGAGUUCAUCAUCACAAAGUGCUGCCAAUGCCGGUAGUGGUUCAGGUGCUGGCAGUGGUGGCAAUGGUUCCGGUGGUGGUGGUGGCGGCGUAGGCGGUGGUGGAGGAGGUGGUGGCGGGGGCAAUGGCCGCAACGUUGUCUCCGAUGUCAACACCGGCGGCAUUCACAUAGGCGGCAUUUUGAGCACAACAAACACAAUGGGAACAACGACAACAAGUGGGGCCCUGACGGACGGCACCACGCCACUGCAGCGCCAACAGCAACAGUCACAGAAACCCUGUUGUUUUUGCUGGUGUUGCUGCUGUUCGUGUUCAUGGGCGAAAUGUUUGGCAUUGAAAAAUGCGGAAGACAAUGCGCCCACAAAACGUGAUCCUGGUAGUUCGGAUUUAUUACUAGAAGGAGAACAACCUUCAUUAGAAGAAAUUCGCAGUUGGGGUAGUAGUUUUGAAAGUCUCAUGAACAGUCCAAGCGGACGAAAAGUAUUUCGCGAUUUUCUGCGCAGCGAAUUUAGUGAAGAAAACAUCCUCUUUUGGCUGGCCUGUGAGGAUUUGAAACGGGAAAUCAAUGCCGAGGCUAUUGGCGAGAAGGCACGUCUGAUCUAUGAAGAUUAUAUAUCCAUAUUGUCGCCGCGCGAAGUCUCACUGGACGCCAGGGUGAGAGAAAUAGUUAAUAGAAAUAUGAUGGAACCAACAUCGCACACAUUCGAUGAGGCUCAAAUACAAAUUUACACACUAAUGCUCAGAGACUCAUAUCCCAGGUUUAUAAAUUCCCCAAAAUACAAAACAUUGGCUCAACUAACGGAUGGUAUGUCCGCUUCGGGUUCGGCAGCUGAUAGUCCCACCUAAGUGAGCGGUGGCCAUUAAGGAAAUCCAAAAAAAUUGGCAUUCCACUUUCAUAUUCAAAGUGCAAUGCCAAACAAUAUUUUAGCUUUGUAGAACGAAGUCAUUAGGUUGUUGCCGCGCUUAGGAUGGAUGGAAGGAACAAAUGGCAAGAAAAAUAAAUAUUUUUUUUAUUGUUUUCUAUGUAACAAUAAACUGACCAAACUCACAAGAGAAAUAUUAUCCUCCUCAAUGAAGAAGAAGAAGAAAUGAAAUCUAGGCCCAACAUAGCAAUAUUUGUUAUACCAGAAUUCCAAUUCCAAAGAAUGUCAUUACUGUUCCCCUCUCUCACACGUCUUUUUUGUUUUUUUUUGGUUAAGCGCAACAAUCGUAUUUUUUAAAUGCAUUUUAAAUGUUAAGAACAUCUUAAGAUGAGUUGUAGCUAAAAUAAUAAAAUAAAACAAAAACUCUUAUUUUUAAUGACUACCACACAAACAACCAAAAACAAAACUGCUUAUAAAUCGUAAACAUUACCAAAUACCAAUUUUUAUUAUUAUUAAUUAUUUUUUACAAAAUUAAUUUUAAUUGUUUGAUUUUAAGUUUUUUGUUUAUUUUUUUAUGAUUACUUAAAUAAAUUCUAGUCAAAGUUUAAUUCAAAUAAAAAAAUUAAAUUUGAUUUGCUGUGGGUUUCCAAUGCAGCAAUAACCCAUAAAACCCUUUACUGAAUUCAAAUAAUUAACCCCCCGGAAAGUUAAUCGAACGAGCGAAAAUUAUUGUUUUUUUGAACCAAAUGAAUUAUAAACAACCAAAUAACUUGAAUAGAAAAAAAUAUUUAAAUUAAAAAAAGCUUUGGAUUCAACAACCUAAAAAAUUAAUAAACAAAA